CGGAUGUAAAAGAGGCAGAGAUAAGAAUUGUAACCGCAUUCCAUUACACUGUUGUGUUCUAGUUUGACAUAAACAUGGAUGCUUUACGUCGUGCGAUGAAGAAGAGCCCCAAUGUGUUGCGGGACGGCUUUGGGAAGUCCCGACACAAGAAGCUACCAGAGGGUUACAAUGAGAAUAAAGAGGCUGUAAAAGAUGGCCUGACAUUCUAUAUGAAGUACCUGGGCUCUACUCUGGUGGAGGAGGCAGAUGAUGGUGAAAGCUAUGGUGAUGGGGCCAGCACUAAGGCUGUACAGAAUAUUGUCACAAUGGCUAAAGCGUUGGGGAAAAAGCUGAAGAAAGUUGCACUGACAGCAUCGCCUACUGGUAUCCAAGUUGUGGAUAUGCUUUCCAAGGAUGUUCUCCAAGAAACCUCAAUAUACAGAAUAUCGUUUUGCUCAGCUGACAAAAACCAUGAUAAAGUGUUUGCCUAUAUGGCUAGAACAACAGUGAAUGAAACAAUGGAAUGUCAUGCCUACUUGUGUCCGAAGAAGAAACUAGCACAAGCUGUAACAUUGACAGUGUCUAAAGCCUUUGAACUUGCCCAUGAUAGUGACAGAAAUUGGGAAAAUGAGAAAGCAACAAAAACUACCAUGAAUGAACAGUCCAAACACAACAAUAGCACCUCCAGAAUCUGUGAUCCAAGCAUACAUGAAACCUCAGCAAAGUCCAUGUCUACAUCAACUCACUCUACAGAUUCUUCAGAAAUUACUAUUCCAAAAUUAAGGAGUCCUGGCUCUAAAUCUGUAGAAUCUUCCAACACCUCUGAUAGUGGUGAAUGGCAACAAUUUGAUGAUGAUGAUGCUGCUGCUGAAGACUUGGAUGAUGAUUUCUCCAGACUGGCAGAGAACCGUGUGAGGCCUGUACCUUCAUUUAGAACUAACCUUUGUCAGGAUGAUCUCGACGAGAGUUUGACACAGUAUUUUGACAGUAAUAGGUGUUUAGAGGAAUUCUCCAGGACUAAAUCUAUGGAGGACCUCCUUUGCUUAUGAGGGAGUGUUACCUGUAUAGUAGUUAUCUUCAAAUGUAUUGAUCACCAGGAACUCUAAAGAGUCGAUCAGCUCUGUUAGAAGGUUCACCUUCAAAAGAGCUGUAACAGCAACGUUGUGCUCCUGCAGAUUUUGUGUACAACACCUUCACAUUUUCCACAUUCAUCAUCAGAUAUCAUUUUUCUUGCUUUGUGUUACAAAGAUGCCAUAUUUGCACUAGAUCGUAACAUCUACUCAUCAUGAAAAUAACAAAACCAGUGAUGCACCAAAUGUAUGUGGAUGAAAAUAGCCACCUAGGACUACAAAGGUCUUCCUCAAUUUUGAGAUUAAAGAUAUUAGAGCAGUUGAUUAUUUUUAGAUGCAUUUCAUGGAGUACAGGAUGGCAUCUUGUGAUUGAAGACAAGAAGGCAUCUUUGCUGUAUGUAUGAGGUAUUUGUAUAUUGCCAGUGUUUUCUGAGGGACUUAGGAUGUAAUGCAAUGAUCAUCUUAAUUUUCUUCCAUAUUCCACAUCUGGAAUUGUGUAAUUUAUGUCUCUUUUCCUUAGUUUUGAUGUUUGGCAUUUGUGUUGACUAACAAAGUUUAAAGGAGAUGAAAGUGCUAGUUAUAUGUUUCUUUGCCUUUAAAUUGUUUUUGGAAUUUAUGCAAAGGUUAGGGACCUGAAAAAUGUAAAUGAAUGGUAUCAAAGUUUACAUUUUGAAAUUUUACAGAAGUUAUAUACUUCAGAAUUAUAAUGGGAAUUUCCUCACUAAAGAUUGUCUCCUUAAUUCCAAUAAGAUUUCAGGGGAAAAAAAUUUAAAGCAAUACAUUAAAGAAUGUUUGUCACAUUGAGACCAGUCAGUAUAACGCUGUACAGUAACAGUAUUUUGCAAGAAAUGAUAGGUAUAUGUCUCCAUUAGAUAGAAUUAGAUAGAAAUGGAUUGCAGGGUAGACUCUGUCAUUACAAAGGACAGAGUUCCAGUGAAAUUAAAAAAUAAUUGAAUGAUGUUGACACAACAUUAGUCUUCAAUACUAUUGGCGUGUGUUUACACAUCAACUGCUGAAUUUCGUAUCGAACAUGUUUUUGGUGAUAUUAUUUUGUGCUGUAUUAGUGGUUAUGUGGUGUAUGAUGUAUGCUUGUUAUAUUGUGCUGAGUGUGAAUGUUAUUAUAUGUCAUGUAUAUACCUAAAUCACAACAGAUUUUGUUUAAGGAAAAACUGAUCUGGGAGGUAAUGUGUAUAAUCUCUAGUAUUGACAGUGAAAAUGUCAACAUAUGUUUCCACAAUUAGAGGAGUUUGUUUCCUUUUAACUUUUUAACUUUUAAGUGAUCUCUACAUGUCUAAAAUAAGACAAAUAAUCUUGUUUAACACACCCAAAUGUAUUUACCAGAGAAGUGCUUUUCAGCUUGAUAAUUUCGUAAUCACUAUAUGUAUGAUAAAUGGUUACCUGCUAUUUUUAUGAAGUCAUUAUCAAACUAUUAUCUUUUCAUUCUCUUAGAUAAAGUAAAUCUAAUGAAAUCCAUUUACUGGUAGUAGGUACCUGUUGACAUUGAAUACGUUGACAAAAUUUAAAUAAAAAAGUCUACAAUUACCUAUUUCUUGUAAAAUGUAUAUUAAACCCAUGUCUGUAUUACAUUAACUUAAGCAAAGAAAUCAAAUGCGUGUUCCCUAGUCUUAACUUGAACCUUAGUUCACUCUAUAAUAAUUUAACUUGUAGUAUGUAACCCUAAACCUAAUCUUUAACUUGUAUCAUUAAAUUGACUAUCAAACAGUCUUAGUUACUAAAAUGCCAUGCAUUGGUGUUGCUUCACGUUUUUUUUAUAUCUUGGUAAUGGUAGAAAUGAGAUCUGUUGUAUCAUACGGACACCUGUCUUUGUUAUACAGAAAAUGUACUGGUUAGGGUUUUAAUGAAAUAGGAUAAUAUAACAACCCUGAUAUUUUUCUUGCUGUUUAGUGUUAGUAUGAAAUGUAAACUAUCUAUUUGGACACCAGAAAAAGCAGGUAUUAUUAUUAUUAUGUAAUAUUAUAAAGAUAUCGAUGUCACAAACAGUGGAUCACCAAUCUAUCAGUGUCUGACUUACUCGGAAGUAUGUAAUAUUUAGUAUACUUUUUUUAUAUGUUAAGAAUGUGGAUGUCCAUAAUUGUCGGCCUUAUCUGUCCUGUUAGUCCUGUUCAAUCGUUUCACAACCCGUCCUGAAUCAAUUUCAUCAUUCUGGGGGCAUUGGCUAUAAUGUUUUAGAUCAAAGUUGAUAUAAAGAUGGAGAAUUUAGAUGAUAAAGAGUGAAUAGAUCAAAUACAAUUAGAAGAUCAUUAAUUAAAAUGUGAUGAUACAUUUCAUGUAAAGUACAAUAUUUAGCAUUAAAUUUUAAAGUUUAAUAAACAUGAUCAAUAAAGAAUGUUGCAAUCCUGUUAAUGCUUUAUAUCCAAGAUUUUAGGGAAAAACAAUUAUGGUAAGAACAUUGAAGUAAUAACUGUGAUGUAUGUAGGGUGACAGUAUAAUCUAUUUAUUAUUAUGUUGUUGAUCCUGGUCUGUUUGUUGUACUGUAUGUGUAUACAGAGUUCAGAUGUUUAAUAUAAAUGUUGAUGAUUGUACAAGCUGAAUAUUACUCUAUAGGUGAUAUGUAUUAGUACAUACUUCACACCGUGAAAUUAUUUCUUGUUGUAUAAAUAAACAGUUUCCUUCAACCUAAAGAAAUGCUCAACAUCAAGCCUUUAGACUUCAACAUUUUAGGAGUAUAAUGGUGUUGUGUGUAAUGCCAUGUUAUUCAACAUUGUAUGCAUCAUCUUCAGGAUAAGAUGUAUAGAUAUAGAGAGGAGCAAUUUCUCAAGAAAUAGUGUCACUAGCUAUAUUAUGUUUUGUUCAACUCUAACCAAGUCAUCAAGACAGUUUACAUAAGGAAUCUGAACGCUCUUUGGUACCUCUGCUGGUGUCAAAUUCAUAAUUCUCUUGAAUAGAUUUAAAAGAUGUUGGAGGGUCAGUGUCAGUUGAUGUGUCAGUAUGUUUAGUAGACUUUGUACAAUUUCUCAUCAAUUCCUUCAGUAAAAAGAGGUGUACUUGUCCAUAUUUGUUAUGGUUUCUGAUUAUUUUCACCAUUACCAUCAACAGAUCAUAUACCGUCUAGGUUUGGACAGUGUCAGCUGAUGUGGUUUGAAGUGCAGUAGACUUGACUUAUUGACCAUCAUUUGAGAAAUAAUGAUGUAUUGUAAGAAUUUCACGUUAUGUGAUUCAUUGUCUGAUAGUUUUUCAGUUUCCUUUGCUUUAAGUACAACUGGUUGAUGAAAUGCUCAAUUUCCUGUUAACUAUGCAUAAGUAUUGCUAUCUUGUGUUAUAGAGCACUGAUAUCGAGUGUAUAAAAAUAUGUGGUAAACAUACUUUACUGGUAAAUCAGUGGUACCUAUCCUGUUUUUGUGUAGAUCUGGUGCCAUGUGUUCAUGGCUUUUGGACCCCUCAUACAGAUAUGAAUGAUUCUUUGUUGUGUUGUACUGGAGGACUUAUCUAAGCAUAUGCACAGCUAGCUUCAUAUAAAUGGCAGUUUAACAUAAAAGAUAUAGAUGGAGACAGUGUUUCCUCUUUUAGGCCCAGUUCUCCCUUCAGACUGUACUAUUUCUGCUAUUUUACUUGAAACCAAAUCUUUCUUCAUGCAGAACUGGUUUCUCCACAGCUUAUAACUUGAUUAUCAUGAUUAAGGUAAAUUAUUUUUUUCAUACAUAAUGUUUUUUCUCGAGGUAUGCUGUCUAUGUAUAAAUGAACUGAGUUAUGAUUUGAACAUCCAAAUUGAUGGGUGUCCAAUGGUUUGAUGAAAAUUCACCAGUAAAUUAUAGACUACGAUUUAUACUUUACUUAUGGUGCAUAACUUUCUGAAUAUAGGAAACCAAUUAAUAGAAACAUUCUAUCUCAUUUCAAGGACAAUGAUCAAAUAAUACUUUACUUAAGUUAGAUCUCCAGAGUUUUGUGAGAAAUGACUAAGAAGUGGAGUUAGAUCUCAAGGGUCGUCUGAACUGUAAAAAGACUGAAGUUACAUGUAGAGAAGCAGUUUGUAUAUGUUGUGCUUUAACAGUCCCCAGUACCAGUAUUGUUAUACCUGUACAACAGAAAACUUUUAGAACAUUAAGAUAAACACUUUGUUUACUGUGUGUAUUGAUUUCCAUAUAGUUGGGAUUCCAUUUGUAGUAGUCAUAAUUUUGUUGCAAUAUCUGUGCUAUUAUUAUUUUUCACUGUUAUAAUAAUUUGCAUUCUUAAACAUGCAUUUUUUGAUAAUAAACUGUUGACUUAUUAA